UCUCAAAAUGUGGUUAACAAACAUCAAGUUCUUAUUCUUCUUCUUCUUCUUCUCCAGUAGUUUAAUCACAUUUUGUUUCGCUUCAAAUGUAACCUACGAUCGUCGCUCUUUGAUCAUCGAUGGCCAGCGAAAGCUUCUCAUUUCCGCCGCCAUUCAUUAUCCUCGCAGCGUUCCGGCGAUGUGGCCGGGGCUGAUUCAAACGGCGAAGAAAGGAGGAGCAGAUGUGAUCGAGUCGUAUGUGUUUUGGAAUGGUCAUGAGCUUUCUCCUGGGAAAUAUUAUUUCGGGGGACGAUUUGAUCUGGUCAAGUUUGUCAAGAUAGUUCAGCAGGCUGGGAUGUAUAUGAUUCUGCGGAUUGGCCCAUUUGUUGCUGCUGAGUAUAAUUAUGGAGGGGUACCUGUUUGGUUGCACUACAUUCCUGGCACUGUCUUCCGAACUGAUAAUGAGUCAUUUAAGUAUUACAUGCAGAGAUUUAUGACAGUCAUAGUGAACCUAAUGAAGCAGGAAAAGCUUUUUGCACCACAGGGAGGUCCCAUCAUCAUGUCGCAGGUUGAAAAUGAAUAUGGAUUCUAUGAAGCAGGAUAUGGAGAAGGAGGAAAGCGAUAUGCCUUGUGGGCUGCAAGAAUGGCUGUUGCUCAAAAUAUAGGCGUGCCUUGGAUAAUGUGCCAACAGGAUGAUGCUCCAGACCCCGUGAUCAAUACUUGUAACUCCUUUUACUGUGAUCAAUUCAAACCUAAUUCACCAAACAAACCCAAAAUGUGGACUGAGAAUUGGCCUGGAUGGUUUAAAACAUUUGGGGCUAGAGAUCCCCACAGGCCACCUCAAGAUGUUGCUUAUUCUGUUGCUCGCUUUUUCCAGAAAGGUGGCAGUGUACAUAACUACUACAUGUAUCAUGGUGGAACAAAUUUCGGUAGAACUUCAGGAGGACCUUUCAUUACUACAAGUUAUGACUACGAUGCACCAAUUGAUGAAUAUGGAUUACCAAGGAAUCCAAAAUGGGGACACCUUAAGGAGCUUCAUAGAGCUAUAAAGUUAUGUGAGCAUGCACUACUAAACAGUGAGCCAAUUAACUUGUCAUUGGGUUCUUCCCAAGAGGCCGAUGUCUAUGCUAAUUCUUCAGGAGGAUGUGCUGCCUUUCUUGCUAACAUGGAUGAUAAAAAUGACAAAAUAGUAGAGUUUCGAAAUGUGUCAUAUCACUUGCCUGCAUGGUCAGUUAGCAUUCUGCCUGACUGCAAGAAUGUAGUGUUUAACACUGCAAAGGUAGGUUCCCAAACGCCAGUAGUUGAAAUGGUUCCUGAGAAUUUACAGCCAUCAGUGGCUUCAUCAGAUAAAGCUCCAAAAUGGGAGAUAUUUAAGGAGAAAGCUGGCCUUUGGGGGGAAGCUGACUUUGUGAAAAAUAAUUUUGUGGAUCAUAUCAACGCCACAAAAGAUACUACUGACUACCUCUGGUAUACAACAAGUAUAAUUGUUAGUGAAGAUGAGGAAUUCUUAAAGAAUGGAAGCAGCACUGUUCUUCUAAUUGAAUCAAAGGGUCAUGCACUUCAUGCUUUUGUGAAUCAAGAACUUCAAGGUAGUGCGUCUGGAAAUGGUUCACACUCACCCUUCAAAUUUAAGAAUCCCAUCUCUCUCAAAGCGGGGAAGAAUGAAAUUGCUCUGUUAAGCAUGACUGUCGGCCUACAAAAUGCAGGACCGUCUUAUGAAUGGGUGGGAGCAGGAUUAACGAGUGUCAAGAUUAAUGGGUUUAACAAUGGGACAUUGGACUUGUCUACAUAUAGUUGGUCCUAUAAGAUUGGUUUGCAAGGAGAACACCUGGGCAUAUACAAGCCAGAUGGUUUGAAUGGUGUAAAUUGGGUAUCAACUUCAGAACCACCAAAGAAACAGCCUUUGACUUGGUACAAGGUUGUUGUGGACCAACCACCAGGGGACGAACCUAUUGGUCUGGAUAUGCUUAAAAUGGGGAAAGGUUUAGCUUGGUUGAAUGGAGAAGAAAUUGGAAGAUAUUGGCCUAAGAGAAGUUCUAUCCAUGGAUGUGUUCAAGAAUGUGAUUACAGAGGCAAAUUCUUCCCAGACAAAUGCUUCACUGGCUGUGGAGAACCAACCCAAAGAUGGUACCAUAUUCCACGGUCUUGGUUCAGGCCAUCUGGAAACAUUCUGGUUAUUUUUGAGGAGAAAGGAGGAGAUCCAACGAAAAUCAGUUUUUCAAGACGAAAAAUCUCAGGCUUGUGUGGACACUUUGCCGAGGAUUACCCUUUGUUUGGAAAAGAACCAUCAGAAUACGAAAAUAAGAGAAACAAAGCAACUGUUAAUCUGAAGUGUCCUAAGAGCACUCGCAUCUCCACUGUAAGAUUUGCCAGUUUUGGAACUCCUGCCGGAACAUGUGGAUCCUUCAGUUUGGGAGAUUGCCAUGAUCCUCACUCUAUUUCCAUCGUUGAGAAGGUUUGCCUAAAUAAAAAUGAGUGUGCCAUAGAACUAACAGAGGAGAGUUUUGAUAAGAGUUUGUGUCCAGGCGCUACUAAGAAACUCGCAGUCGAAGUAGCGUGCAGCUGAAAUGCCAAUCCAGCCGUAAGCAGAUUCAAUUACACUUUUUUUUUUUUUUUUCUAGUCUUUCCCUUCAACUUCGAUUCAUUUAUAUGUAGCAGGAAACCCUGCCUUUCGUAAAUUUUUAUAUAAUCAGUUUACAUAGAGAAUUAUGUGUUGCUUAGAGGAAAGUGGCUUUUACCACUGAAUACGUGUGGGAAUGAGUGUUUAGUGGGUACCAAGAAUUUCUCAAGAACUUUUGCGCUGAUUUUGAAGUUAAUUUGUUCUUAAUCUUGGCUGG